AUGAUGCCCUCUCAACAGGCCGAUCAAGGAGACAGUCAAGCGGUGAUGCUGUUUAACAUGUUUGGGAUACCUCUUGUUGGGGCAGAUAUCUGUGGAUUUGCUGGCAAUACAACAGAAGAGCUCUGCGUUCGUUGGUCUCAGCUGGGAGCAUUUUAUCCCUUUAUGAGAAAUCACAACGACUUUCAUAGCCAGUCCCAAGAGCCCUAUGUCUUCAGUCAGAAAGCUCAAGCAGCAAUCCGGAAGGCAUUACUGUUACGCUACUCUUUGUUGCCGUACCUCUACACCCUGUUCCACAAAGCACACACAGCUGCUGAGACUGUUGCCAGACCUCUGUUUUUUGAGUUUCCCAGUGAUCCUAACACCUGGACUGUGGACCAUCAGAUGAUGUGGGGAGAAGCCCUUCUUAUCACUCCAGUGUUACAGCAAGGCAAAACAGAAGUGAAAGGCUAUUUCCCCCCUGUUACGUGGUACAGCUUGUAUGAUGGCUCAGCCGUCCGCAGCAAGGGCCAGUAUGUAGUUCUGCCAACACCUCUGGAUACUAUAAAUGUCCAUGUGCGAGAAGGAUGCAUAUUGCCUCUGCAGCUACCUAACACUACAACUACUGCUUCACGUAUUAAUCCCUUUAAGCUGAUUGUUGCACUCUCAGAAGCUGGGGCUGCCAGAGGAGAGCUGUUUUGGGAUGACGGUGAAGGUCUCUUAACGUUUGAGAGGGGUGACUAUACCCAUAUCCUCUUCCUAGCCGCCAGUGUAAGUUCACAGAAAUGUUUACCAAGUCGUAUAGGAGAUGCAUUGUAUGACUUGUUACUUUAG